AUGUUCAAGGCUGGUCUAGAAGACCCAAAAGGCAAACUCUCUACGUGGAAUGAAGAUGAUUAUAGUCCCUGCAACUGGGUUGGUGUCAAAUGUGACCCUGCAAACAAUAGGGUAUCUUCUCUUGUUCUUGAUGGAUUCUCUCUUUCUGGUCACAUUGAUAGAGGCCUUUUGAGACUGCAGUUCCUUCAGAUUCUGUCCCUUUCUAGGAACAAAUUCAGAGGGACCAUAGCUCCUGACCUUCUUAGCAUUGGUGAUUUACAAGUUGUUGAUUUGAGUGAGAACAACCUUUCUGGGGUAAUUCCAGAUGAGAUUUUCCAGCAAUGUUGGUCUUUGAGAGUGGUAUCAUUUGCCAACAACAACCUCACAGGUAAGAUUCCUGAUUCUUUGAGCUCCUGCUACUCUUUGGCAGUUUUGAACUUUUCCUCUAAUCAGCUUCAUGGAGAACUGCCAUCUGGAAUGUGGUUUUUAAGGGGACUACAGUCAAUUGAUCUUUCGAACAACUUGCUUGAAGGAGAGAUUCCAGAAGGAAUUCAGAAUCUGAUUGAUUUGAGGGAGUUGAGGCUGGGGAGGAACCUCUUCACUGGUAGGAUUCCUGAGCAUAUUGGUGACUGCUUGCUUCUGAAGUUGGUUGAUUUCAGUGGUAAUUCUCUCUCUGGGAGACUUCCGGAGUCAAUGCAAAAACUCACCUCGUGCACAUUCCUCAGCUUGCAAGGGAAUUCAUUCACAGGUGGAAUUCCACAUUGGAUUGGAGAAAUGAGAAGUAUAGAUGUAUUGGAUCUUUCUGCAAAUAGAUUUUCUGGUUGGAUUCCAAAGUCAAUAGGAAAUCUUGACUUGUUGAGUAGGUUGAAUCUUUCAAGGAAUCAGAUCACAGGAAACCUGCCAGAGUUGAUGGUAAACUGCAUUAAGCUUUUGACUCUUGACAUCAGCCACAAUCACUUGGCAGGCCAUCUUCCUCCAUGGAUAUUUAGGAUGGGUUUACAAAGUAUAUCUCUUUCUGGGAAUACCUUUAGUGAGAGAAAUUAUCCCUCACUUACUUCCAUUCCUGUAUCUUUUCAUGGCCUUCAGGUUUUGGAUUUGUCAUCAAAUGCAUUCUUUGGCCAAAUUCCAUCUGGAAUUGGAGGUCUUGAUAGCUUGCAAGUCUUGAAUUUAUCCACCAACAAUAUCUCAGGUUCUAUUCCUUUGAGUAUUGGAGAACUUAAGUCUUUGUACAUUCUUGACUUGAGUGAGAACAAGCUUAAUGGAAGCAUUCCUUCAGAAAUAGAAGGGGCAAUUUCACUCAGUGAAAUGAGGCUACAAAAGAACUUCUUAGGUGGGAGAAUUCCGGCCCAAAUUGAGAAGUGUUCAGAACUAACAUUUCUUCUACAAUUUCUUCUGAUCAUUUUCUCUUCCUGCAUUUCAUUGGAAUGGUACAGGAAUCUAUCUCACAACAAGCUUAUUGGCUCAAUCCCUUCAGCCAUAGCAAACCUAACCAAGCUUCAGAAUGUAGAUUUCUCAUGGAAUGAACUCUCUGGAAGCUUACCAAAGGAGCUGACAAAUAUUUCCAACCUUUUCUCGUUUAAUGUUUCAUAUAACCACCUUCAAGGUGAGCUACCGGUGGGUGGCUUCUUCAAUACCAUCUCUCCUUCAUCUGUCUCUGGUAAUCCAUUGUUAUGUGGUUCUGUUGUUAAUCAAUCGUGCCCUUCUGUUCAUCCAAAGCCUAUUGUCCUAAACCCCAAUUCUUCUUACUCCAAUGCUGGCUCUUCCUUGCAAAACCACCACCAUAAGAUUAUGCUCAGUAUCUCUGUCCUUAUUGCUAUUGGAGCUGCUAUUUUUAUUGUCAUUGGUGUGGCGGUUGUCACUGUCCUAAAUAUUCAUGCGAGGUCUUCAAUAUCUCUUUCUGCUAAUCCAUUUAUAUUCUCUGGGGGUGAGGACUAUAGCGGUUCACCCGGGAAUGAUCCGAACUAUGGCAAGCUUGUGAUGUUUUCUGGUGAUGCUGAAUUUGCCGAUGGUACUCAUAAUCUUCUUAACAAAGAGAGUGAAAUUGGUCGCGGUGGAUUUGGAGUUGUUUAUUGCACUUGUCUUAGAGAUGGUCAUUAUGUUGCAAUCAAGAAGCUUACAGUGUCCACCUUAACCAAGUCUCAAGAAGACUUUGAGAGGGAGGUUAAAAUGCUUGGGAAGAUCAAGCAUCAAAAUCUUGUGGCACUUGAAGGUUACUAUUGGACUCCAUCCUUGCAGCUCCUAAUUUAUGAGUACCUAGCCAGAGGGAGUUUGCAAAAGCUUCUACAUGAUGAUGAUAGUAGCACAAAUAUACUUUCUUGGAGAAAAAGGUUCAAGAUCAUUCUUGGAAUUGCAAAAGGGUUGGCCUAUUUGCAUCAAAUGGAGUUAAUUCAUUACAAUUUGAAGUCAACCAAUGUCUUCAUAGAUUGUUCUGAUGAGCCAAAGAUUGGAGAUUUUGGCUUGGUGAGGCUACUGCCAAUGCUAGACCAUUGUGUGUUGAGCAGCAAACUUCAAAGCGCACUUGGAUACAUGGCUCCUGAGUUUGCUUGCCGCACAGUCAAGAUAACUGAUAAGUGUGACAUAUAUAGCUUUGGAAUUUUGAUUUUAGAGGUGGUGACAGGAAAAAGACCAGUGGAAUACAUGGAGGAUGAUGUGGUUGUUCUUUGUGACAAGGUGAGGAGUGCAUUGGAUGAUGGCAAAGUGGAGCAAUGUGUUGAUGAAAAGCUUAAGGGUAAUUUUGCUGUAGAGGAAGCAGUUCCUGUGAUAAAACUGGGGUUGGUUUGUGCAUCACAAGUGCCCUCAAACCGUCCAGAUAUGGCUGAGGUAAUCAACAUUCUGGAGUUGAUCCAAUGUCCUUCAGAAGGACAUGAGGAAAUACAAUGA